CGCAGGUUUCCUUACAUUAACGCGAUUUCUUAUCGACACGGCGUUAGCUAUACGUCAACGGCAAUACGCUAGAUACACAUUUGCUACUUUAGCAGCGUUACUUCUCAAGUCUGUCGCAUCAUAAUCCGCGCCCGGGGAUUUCCCCCAACCUAACUGAGCCAACUUCGAAGGCUACAAUUGCUGCAUCAACCACCGGCUCCUUGAUCCCAGAAGGGAACAAUGCCUUUCCACCCGAGCCUUCACCUCCCAUUAUUAUUCCAUCUUCUGAUCGAAACCCCUGCAUCCAUCUCCUUUAUAUUCUUCCCAAAGGCGCAGCUGCUCAACGCUUCCCCGGAUGCAAUUCUCAUCUCCCGCAACCUCGGCGGCCUGCUGCUGGCAAUCAACCUUGUCUGCCUCGUCUUCCUGACAGGCGGGGAGUCGUACAACAACCAGCUUGUGGCAAAAGUAAGCCUCUGCUUCGCCACGUACCACGUCUGGCCUGCUCAUCGGGCGUAUGUGAGGCUGGCCAGGGGGCCAAAGGGCAGGCGGGAGGAACAGAAGGUAUUGGGCGGACCGGUGGUCCAUCUUGUGGUUCAUUUGGGCUGCCUGAUUUCGCUCUUUGGUGGUGGACUGAUGGGUAUUAUGUCGUAGCAGAUAACCCACGACAUAGAGAUCAACAAUGGGGCGAAGGGCAGGGUCUUUUGUGCAGCAGAUUUCCAAUGUACAGCCACUUCCAACAGUGGCCCGGCUUCUAUCUCUAGCUCCUGAACAACCGCAAACCUUCCUCCUCCACCUUCACUCCGCCCAUCUCCUCGUCCGAC